ACUUGUGCUCUCAAGGUACAGUCAACAACACAGCCUCAGAUAGAAACUCUUUGAAGAGAUGUCUAAACUAACUAUUGUGGCCUUCUUUGUGAUCGUUGGGGUCCUAGCAAUCAACGGUGCACGUUUGCGUAUCCGACCGAUUUACGACUAUGGCUCACCAGAUUAUCGUCUUAUUCCUGGGAGGGACGGACGUCAUAGACUUGUUCGUGUAUACGAAAGACCAGACAAACCAGAUCACUUGGUAAUCACUCAAGGACGUGGCGCAAACAGGCGGACAUAUGUCACUGACAAUGUUGACCAUCUAUAUGAUCACCCUAGAAUGGGUGCACGUGCACUGUCAUCUCAUCACGGCUACAGCACCUUAGGAAGAAGGAAGCGCAGAUCCAUCCUGCAUCCAUUCCACUCAGCGGCACUGUUCCACCCACUGCUGGCUCGCAACUACGGUCUCAAUCUCGCUCUCAGAGCCCGAACCCUUGGUGCCCUGUCGUACAGAAAUCGUCUUCUCGGAGCACGUGGUCUUAUGGGGCAACGCCUGGUGAGACCCCAAAAUGUUGCACAGAUCGCUACACAGGUGGGACAUCACAAAACACCAGCGGCUGUGACCAAGGUCGCAACGAAACAUGCGCCACAGAUUAUUCCCUCUGCCCCAGCUGUUGUCCUGACAAAAGGUGUAGACUCCUACCCAGCUCCCGCCGACGUAUACCAGCCAGGUCCCGGUGUCAACACAGGAAUCCCUAACCACAUGGAUCAAGUCGGCCUUCCCUAUCAAGAAAUCUUCGAUCAACCCUCCGGAGGUCAGCCCCUGUACCAACCUGGCGCUCCAUACAACGGCCCUGCUGGUCAGCCCGCGGAUCUGUACAACGGCCCUGCUGGUCAGCCCGCGGAUCUGUACAACGGCCCUGGCGCUCCAUACAACGGCCCUGCUGGUCAGCCCGCGGAUGUGUACAACGGCCCUGGCGCUCCAUACAACGAUCCUGCUGGCGCCCAAACCUACCUAGAUCCUCUCGGCUCCGGCCCCAUCUAUCAAGGUACCAACGGCGCUUCAGAGAUACUCAGUAAUGGAAUCGAUGUCUACUCUACCAACCUCGGUGGUGGCUUCGGGCCUUCUUACUCCAAUCUUGGCCUUGGCGAUUACCUCCUCGACAGCAAUGGUCAGAAUUCUGUGAUCUUUGACAGCAACAAUCCUUCCAAUAUGGCCGCGUCUGGAGCCCCGACUGGGACAGCCGGCCCUGCCUCCGCUCCUAGUUUCAUGUAGAUGUUGAGUCGUGUUAGGACAAGUAACUAUUGUUACUGAUAACGUUGUAGCUUGUGUAUUUGCUUUGAACGAUACUGCUGUGUUUCCCAUAAGCAAUUGCACUAUUGAAAUAAAUAUUUAUAUGCAAA